AGGGCUGCCUAUUGUGGCGUAUAUUGCGCACCACAGGGGGGAAAAACCUCCUCCUUUGCGGUACACAUGCAGUUCUCUAAUUUGUACUAUCAGAUUUUAAUUAAAAUCCACCUCAGCGCUCCCUUUGUAUACAUGCAAUAGAAGCAGGCUAGACACCGCCACCCUCUCCUCCUCCUAUUGCCACCAUCACCACCCUCCAAGAACUAGAAACACACUUUAACAUUAUAAAGAGAUGGAUCAUGACAUGGGAGGCAUGGGUCAAGCCAUGAACAACUUCAACGCCACAGGAUGGAUGACCAUGACCCACCAUAUGAUGACGCACAUGACCUUCUUCUGGGGUAAGAAUGCUGAAAUUCUCUUCGAUGGCUGGCCUGGAACCAGAACCGGCAUGUACGUUUUAGCCUUGAUAUCCGUUUUUUUCUUUGCUUUUCUUGUUGAGUGGCUCUCCCACUGCCAAUUGAUCAAGCCUGGCUCCACCCACCUGGCUGCCGGUUUAAUCCAGACUUUCUUGCACGCUCUCCGUAUUGGUUUGGCCUACCUCGUCAUGUUGGCUGUUAUGUCCUUUAAUGUUGGUGUUUUCCUGGUGGCGGUGGCCGGUCAUACUCUUGGGUUCUUGUUCUUUGGGAGUAGGGUUUUCAAGGAAUCGCCACCCCCCGCAAAAACUUACGAUCUUCCUCCUAUGAGUUGUUGAAUAUUGGUAACUGGUUCCUGGGUUUGGAUUUGCAGGUUCAACAAUUACAUGGCUUGGGAGAAAAAUUACGUGGACAACUGAAUAUGAUUAUUGUUGGAUUGAGGUGUAAACUAUCUGUAUGAUUAGUGAAGUUCUAUCAAAUUAAACCUAAUUUUGUGUGUGUAAUUUUAUUAGUUUAGAGAUUGAUUUUAUUAUAAUCAAGAAACUGAGAUGUGUGUGGUCAAUUAAGCAGACAGAGACCUGUUAAGCUGUUUAUUGUGUGGGUUGAAGCUGUGAAAAUUGCUAAUAAUGAGUUAAGUCA